GUCUUCUAGACAACUGAACUUGAGCAAGAGGACCUUCUGUAAUGGCUCACAGAAAGCUCAGAACAGAAUCUCACCAGGAUUCUCCAGACUCGCAGGGAAUUCGUCUGCUAGAUUCGAAAGCUGCGUCAUGAGUCGGCAUCCGACAUCUGUCAUCCUGAGUCGCUAAGUUCUUCGGUUCAUCGUUCCGGGCCCAGCUACCAAGAUUUGAAACAGCCGAUUAUGCAGACUCGCGCGUUUCGUUUACAGCGUCGUUGAAUAUACCAUGUUCUGGCGUUUUUCCCGGACCUGUGACUGUAUAGACGAAGCCACUAGCUGAGACGGUACUAGUCGAGGACGAAGUUUCAGGUCCGAAGUAUAUCACUGGGGUAAGUUGGUCAAACGUCAGUGUAUCUGUGAGCCAGAGGUCGCACGGCGAACGAAACGGUUGCAUAGCGCGCGAACUGGCACAGAGCGAGUGAACAGUCGCACAUCGACCACCACAUAGUCGCCAAGUUACCGCACAAUCGCACAGCGGACGCACAGCAGUCGCACAGCAGUCGCACGGCGAGCGAGCGACAUGGAGAAUCUGGGAUUCUUCAAAGAAGUGAUGGCGGAAGCCGUGGACCGGGCGAAGGGCGCCGUCGUGGAGAAGACCCAAGCGGCCGUGGGAAAGGCCCGGGAGAUGGUGGGGCUCGUGGAUUCCUCGGAACCGUCUGCACCUCCCCCGGAGCCGUCGAUUCUGGACGAGUUGAAUCAGUACUGCUCGCUGACGCUGAAGCAGAGAAUAUACGGCUUCGCCACCUGCCUCUGCAUCGGCAUCUUCUGCACACUCAUGUCCAUUCUGGUGUUUCCGUCGCCCAUCAAGUUCGCCAUCACCUACUCGCUAGGCAACCUCAUGGCCAUCGGCAGCACAGGGUUCCUGAUCGGCUUCAUGCGGCAGCUCAAGAUGAUGUUUGAUCCGAUCCGCAUCGGUGCUGCCAUCGUCUUUGCGCUCUCGCUCAUCCUCACACUCAUUGCUGCUCUUUAUGUUCAAGACGCCCUUCUCACUCUACUCUGCAUUGUUGUCCAAGCAUGUGCACUGAUAUGGUACUCUCUCAGUUACAUACCCUUCGCUCAGACAUCCGCCAAGAGGUGCAUGCGCAUGUGCUACGAGGCGGAGUUCUGAAGCGCUUGCUCCCCUGGGCUCCUCUUAGCUCCACUGAUUCCCCGAUGUCGGUGCUAGGAUGGACAUCGGCCAAGAGGUGCAUGCGCAUGUGCUACGAGGCGGAGGUUUGAAUAAUCGGCCUCGCAGCUCGUGCUCACUGGCACUGGCUUUCUAUAAUCACCUCAAAGCAGUUGAAUGGCCCGACCUGGCGCUGCUAAGAGGUGCAUGUGCUAUGAAGCGGAGUUUUGAAGGGCUUGCUUGCUUGCUACCUCCUCUCGUCUCCACUGGGGUUCCUAGACCAGCAGCACCAAGCAAGUGAUUGGCUAAGUGCAUCAAGAGGAGCGCAUGUGCCCACGAAGCAGAGUACUCAAAUGCUGGGUGGGGUGGGGUUGCAAUGCAGCCCCGUCUCGUCAAGGCUCAAGGCCGUCUGCGCCAUGGAAAGAAGCGGAAGGGGCAGCACAAAUGUGUGGAAUACCGGUAUACUGUCAGCCAAAGUUUAGGGAGAGGGAGAGCUAGCAAUUCAUGCACAUGUAUCCAAUCCAAUAGCUGUGUACAGUGAGAUGAGAAGUGUUUUAUGACCUGGUAUUCAUGAUUUCCGCUUCUAUGU